GAGAUGGACAUUGUGUACGGGGAACGGAGGGAGACGGACAUUGUGCACGGGGAGCAGAGAGAGCUCAUGCCCUCUAUUGGAGGGGGGCUCUUAUUAACGAUCCCAUGCAGGCAGUAUCCUGCUGAACACCCUGCAUCCCGGAGGCAUCACUGCUCUGCUUCCGACUGCAGGAGAUCCUCCCGGGCACAGGGGGCGCCACAGCUUCGGCUCCGACUGCAGGAGAUCCUCCCGGGCACAGGGGGCGCCAUAGCUGCGGCUCCGACCGCACAAGGUCUCCAAAAUCCACAUCCGAGCCGAGGGUCACUUGCCAGGUGAGGUCCUGCCAGCACGCCGCCAAGCAGCAGGGGGCAGUGUUACGGCCUCCGAGACACAGGAGGCGCUGGCUGGACUCCCAGAGCAGUAUUCAGAACGAAGAGGGCGUAAUCCUCGAAGCAGAACUGCGGCUGCGCACCACAGACAGAGAUAGCCGAACUGGAUCACGCUGCGGCCGGAAGCAGCCAAUCGGCGGCCCGGAGAUGAACAUCCUCCCGAAGAAGAGCUGGCACGUCCGUUCCCGGGACAAUGUGGCGCGGGUCCGGCGCGAUGAGGACAGGGCGGCUGCUGAGGAACGGGAGAGCAAGUGGCGGGCGGCGCUGGCCGACCAGGAGGCAAGGACGGAGUUCCUGAGGAAGAGGGCGCGUCUCUCCCUCCCUGAUGACCCAACGCAGGAGGCUGUUGCCACCCAUCAGAACCUCAACCUGUUCAGCGAUUUAGAGGGGGGCAAAAGGGAGACGGUGGGGAGCAAGGAGUACGAGGCUGAGCGAAGGCAGGAGAAGGAGAGACGCGAGCGUGCUCUGGGCCUGCUGACAUACUUAGGCCAGAGUGCGUCAGAGUCACAGACGGCACCGCCCUGGUACACACGGCCCCCCAGCCUACAGGACGGGGCAGAGGCUGACGUCCGGCUGAAGGGGCGCAUGGACCCGCUGCGGGGAAUGAAAGAGGGGCUGCGGGGAGGGGCGUCCCGGGAAGUGGGAGCUGGGACGGGGAGGGGGAGGGCGAGGCCAGCCACUGGGCACUCAGACCUGCGUGCCGAGCGCCUGCAGAGAGAGGCGGCCGAGCGGGCCCGUGCUGAGGCACUGCUGAGAGGGCUGGAGGGGAGGGGGAGGAGAGAGGAGCAGCGGGAUGAGGGAGGGGCCUUUGCCUACAACUCACAGUUCCAUCCUGAGCUCACCCGACAGCACAGGAAGAGACGACGAUGAGGAGGCAAUCCCUC